AGGGAGAGAGGAAGAGAGGAAAGGAGAGAGGGAGAUGAUGGCGUGUCCGGACGAGUCCUCAGUACCAGACUCAGCUGCCGACGCUGUCAGCCUCGGUGCCAAGACCUGGCCUUUCAAAUCAUGGUGCACACUAAACUGAAAGUCUGUGUGGUGGUGGCUGGGAUUGGUUGGUGCGUUCUGCUGGUAUAUGUCAUGUCAUCUCUGAAAUGGCAUCCUGGAGACAUUACUAACAGUCAUCGGCAUUCUUCACAGGCUAGCCAAGUAGACAAUGUUCCUCUGGCUAGGGCAGCCAAAAGUCAUGUACUGCUUGGUGAACUCAUUGAGGCAGCCAAAAUUAACAGUGGAAAUCAGUCCAAAGUGAAAACAGUGCAUAACACACUACCAAUAAUCAGUAGCAAUGUUAGCAGCGCGCAAAACUCAGGUAAAGCUGUGAAUAUUGUAAUCUCUGGAGAUGCUGAGACGUUAGUUGGUGUUACUACAGCUAUGAAUAGUAUUGUAUCAAACACAAAAUCAUCUGUCCAUUUCUACAUUACACUGCCAAAGAUUGUCAUUCCGGACUUCAGGAAAUGGGUGCUACAGACAGUGUUGCACAGAGUCAACUACACCGUCCGCCCACAUGUGCCUCAAAUACCUAAGAAAAAGCCACACUUUGCCAAAAUAUACCUCAAGUCAAUCUUCCCAGAGUUGGAUGGAAGAUUUAUAUAUCUUGAUACUGAUGUAAUUAUCCAAGGAGAUGUAAGAGAGCUGAUUGAUGUGGCUAUAAAAAGUUCUCAUUUAGGCGCUUUCGCCGAUGACUGUCAAUUAGGCUCUAAACGAUUCAAUUUAGCUAAACCUCGAUAUUCAACACACAUCAACCUACAGCAUCACAAGCUUAAAGGUGUGAAGAUUAAGCCCAAAGCCUGUACCUUCAAUACCGAUGUCUUUGUGGGAGACAUGACUGCUUGGAAAGCUUCUAAUAUUUCUAAUCUGUUAAUGGACUGGGUUAACAGUAGCAAAAGCGACCCCAUCUACGGAUUGGAACCAGAAGCAAACGAGGCUGAGGCAGCAAUACUGAUAGUCAUGUACAACCGUGUCUCCCCGCUUCCACAACCCUGGCAUGUAGGGGACCUAGGAGUUACACCAGGAGCAAGAUAUUCAAAAGAGUUUAUUAAAAAAGCCAAAUUAUUGCACUGGAAUGGUCAUUUCAAACCUUGGUCUCGUCGAGCUGCAUUUAUGGAGUCUUGGAUUAAAUAUUACAUUCCUGAUCCUGAUAAGAAAUACAAGCCAGUCAAGAUAAACACUUAGGACACCAAAGGAUCAUCAAAAUGAGAUUUGUUAUGUUUCUAUGUUAUUGGUUGUAAUAGUGCUUUACAGAUAUGUAUGGUGAGAUAGAGAUAAUUAAUAUGUUACUGUUAAAUAAUAUAUUAUAUAUAAUAGGAUAUUAAUUUAAGGUCAAGUUAACAUUUUAAUAAAUAUCAUAUUUUCCAGCAGAUAGGAAGCAGGUCUUGUAGUACAGUUGGCUUCAUUCCUGACACACAAUCAGGGAGCCUGGUUCAGUUCCCAAAUGGGAUUGAAAUGGUUUAGCAUGGGGGGGGGGGGGACCUCAAUACAAGUCUAAAGUAUAUACGUUAAAUGCACAGGUUUCCUGUCCCUGACAGAGAGAAUUGUUAUUACAUUUUUCGGUCCACCACCAACUGAAUACUGUAUAUUGUAUCUAAGUGCACAAAAUCCAUGUUUUUCCUAACAACAACGCAUGAAAAUAGCUUUCAAUAAAUGUAUGAAACAAUGUAAACAACAAAAAUUCCUUGUAUGCUAGCGGCCUGAGAAUAUGUAUGAAAGUACAGUAAUAUCUGUCUAAAUAUAAUUUUUAUUUUAUUUUUCUUAGUAUGAAUGCAAGCAUCAUUAGAUUUCCAGGUAAAUGUAGUUUGGUUUGGCAGCUGUCAACAUUUACUUACUCCAAGGCAGAGCUAAAACCAAAAACCAAUAUACAGUACCAUAUGAAUUAUACUCAGUUUUUAACCCUAAAUGUAUAAUAUGUCAGAUAUGAGAGUAUGCAAUUUUAUCAGGACUUUCUAAACCAGAGAAGCAAUUGUUUUUGCUCAUGCCAUAUGUCAUUGAUGUUGUAUCUGUCAUCCUGCUUCCAGUCGGGUCAAAUGUUUGUCUUUAAUCCAGUUAGGUUCCAAUCAGGUCGAAUCUUUGUCUUUACUUUGUCGAAUCUCAGAGUAUCAGUGCAUAUUUCACCUCUACUUAACAUUAAGGUAUUGAAUUUCAACGUUAUACUAUACUCUUGAAAAUGAUUUGGUUCAUAUUCACAUUAUAGUAUGACCUCAUUCUGAAGAGGAAGGAGUUUCUGGAAACUCCAGCUCGGAGCAAAGUUGGGUUACAUUCCAAAGAAGUAAAAUAGUCCAUCUUUUUAUACCUAAUAAAACACUUACCAGUAUAG